CUGAAUAGAAACAAUUUAUUAACCUCCUUAGCGGUAUUCCCGAGUGUAGCUCGGGGUAAAAUUUCAAUACCAAGAGCGGUAACCCCGAGCUACACUCGGGCUUACCAUGCGGCGUUGCUCAGGGGGUCCCUGCAGAACUUACCUUGUCUUUCGCUCCCGCGAUGUGUCCCCUGCAGCGUCCCCGGCCAUCUCCUCCGGCCGAUGCCGGCAUCCGGCUUUUUUUGUUACGGUCCCUGUGACGUCGGGACGUACGGGCGCCGGAACCGGCGGGAAAUUUGAAAUUUUUAAAAAAAUGUAUUUUUUUCCCAAAAAAAAAUACUAAUUUUUAAAAACUGCAUUUCAGUUUC